GGUCCAGUCAGGCAAGGACGGAGAAUCUCCCGUCGCUUGGAGCUCGGCCGCCGUCUCCGUGGGAAAGGAAGCCUGAGCCUCGCUGAGUUCCCCAGCAUUUAUCAGAAAGUGUCCUGGCAUCUGGAGAUGAACUAAGGCAGGCACUAGAUUGAAGAGUGUUUAUUGUGCGUUGGGCAAAACGUGGUCAGUGAGACAGAAGACGUGCGAUGAGCUAUGGGAGAGCAGUCCCCAAGCUGGUUUUCCUAGGACCAUUGUAAAGUCUCUGAAAGACAAGUUUGGAUUUUGAUCCUUGUUGCCACAUUAUAACAUCACGUGACCAUGAACGAUUGGAUGCCCAUCGCCAAGGAGUAUGACCCACUUAAAGCUGGCAGCAUCGAUGGCACCGAUGAAGACCCACAUGAUCGCGCGGUCUGGAGGGCAAUGCUGGCACGAUACGCCCCCAACAAAGGCGUCACAGGAGACCCCCUCCUCACCCUGUUUGUGGCAAGACUAAACUUGCAGACCAAAGAGGAGAAGUUAAAGGAAGUAUUUUCCCGCUACGGGGACAUCCGGCGGCUUCGGCUGGUGAGGGACUUGGUGACAGGCUUUUCAAAGGGCUACGCCUUCAUCGAAUACAAAGAGGAGCGUUCUCUGAUCAAAGCCUACCGAGAUGCAGACGGCCUGGUGAUUGACCAGCACGAGAUAUUUGUGGACUAUGAACUGGAAAGGACUCUCAAAGGGUGGAUUCCUCGGCGACUUGGAGGAGGUUUGGGGGGAAAAAAGGAAUCUGGGCAACUGAGAUUUGGGGGGCGGGAUCGGCCUUUUCGAAAACCCAUUAAUUUGCCAGUUGUUAAAAACGAGCAGUAUAGAGAGGGGAAGAGGGAAAAGAGGGAGCGGUCUCGAUCCCGAGAAAGACACUGGGACUCGAGGACAAGGGAUCGAGACCAUGACCGGGGCCGGGAGAAGAGAUGGCAGGAAAGAGAGCCAACCAGGGUGUGGCCUGAAAGUGACUGGGAGAGAGAGAGGGACUUCAGAGAUGACAGGGUCAAGGGGAGGGAGAAGAGGGAGAGACGAGAGUAGAGCCCCCCCCCCACCACCAGCCCCCAGACGAAGGUACAGCGUGAGGAAAAGCACAGAGCCAUCGGCGUUGCUUGCGUACAAAGCCCAACGCCUGAAUAAAACUUCGUGAUGACACUGGGGUUGGGAGUAAGUUUUCUUUCCAAUGUGGAAUCCAGGUUCAAGCUGAACCUUCUGAGUGUCUCUUCAUUUUAUAGUUCAAUGGACACAUUAUUUAAUAAGCUCGAGAACCAAUUUUGUACUCCCUGGAAUCUGUAUGGAAGAGCACGUGUAAGGAGUCACCGUUCGCAUUUAAUUGGGCAGUAGAAAAUUUAAGAAUUUGAUUUUCUCCCAUCUGUUGGACAUGACCAUUUUGAGGGCUUGGCAAGAAGAGGUGAUGACCAAAAAUUAUUUGUAUUGCUCUCAGACUCCUGGGAACCCGAAUCGGACCAGAAUAAGUGGUAUCUUUUCCAUCUUCAUAUCCACGAUGCAAGGGUCUGCUGAAUUGAAAUAAAAAUGGGCUAGAAAAGAAUCCCAAGGAGAAUGUCCAGAGACUUAAUCCCAAAGCCAGUCUGAGCAGUGGGCCCGGUCGGUGACCCGCUGCUCUUGAGCCCCUGUAACUCCACUCAGGAGCCACAUGCUGACUACCUUUUCUCUUUCCUUUUUUGGUGGGGAGGCUGGCAUUUAAAAUGAAAAACCAAAGUUGCAGGGCUAUGGGGCCCUGAUCCUUGGCAGUCUUCCAGCCCUUUGAAAAGAUAAAGCUCAAAAGCAUGAGAGGAAAAUGAAAAUGAAGAGAAAUCAGUGAGAGGUUUGUGUCUGGUUCCAAUGGAUUGAUUCGUCUGUCUCGAUCAUCCAGCCUCUGGUUUGUCUGAAAGCUGGUUAUGCUGACCUGUUUCUGAGGGCUUUGGGUAAGGACGAUACUGUUCACAUGGUUUUCAAAAAAGUAUAUUUAGCAUUUUUGUUUUAUCAAUGGCCUUAUCUUUGAAAGUUCAGGUUCUUAAAAUUAAAGAUGUUCCAUGCAAAA